AUGCAAGAUUGUGCUUCAAUUUCUGAAUUUAUUUUACAACCUAAUGAUUCAAAUGAUGACUUCAGCUCCGAUGAAAAGCAAAGGACAAACUCAGUAAAAUCGUUUAGUUGCAUAGCACCACGCAAUUCUAUAACUGGACAGCAAUUUUAUUCCUUAGCUAAUGUUUCAAACAAUUAUCGUGCCAUGGAAAACGCAAAUGCCAAACAAAAACAAUCCACCAAGCUAUUCGAUCGACCUGAACUUUUCGUACAGGCAUUGACUGAAAAAUUAAAAGGACCAUGGAUUGAACAAGUCUUUCUAAAGCGAGAAUGCAUCAAAUACAUUCCAACUUUUGGGACAAAUAAAUGUGGUUGCGGACUGUCUUUAAAUGCACACAGUUUGGCAGUAAUAUCACAAUUUAGAGUGACAAUGAUGAACGAUGAAGCGACAACUCAGGCAGUACGUUGGAGUGUUGCGGAACAUACAAAAACCGCUUAUACGGAUGCCUUCGGAACUCUCGAAUUUUCGGGUGGCGCUCAUGCGCAUAAAGCGCAAUAUGUUCGAUUGGGAUAUGAUUCAGAUCCAUCUGACAUAAUGUAUUUGAUGGAGAAAAUUUGGGGAUUAGAGCCACCACGUCUUGUCAUCACAGUUCAUGGUGGCAUAACUAAUUUCGAAGUGCAAGAGAAACUUGGUCAAGUGUUUCGAAAAGGUAUGCUAAAAGCAGCACAAACAACCGGGGCUUGGAUCAUCACUGCCGGAAUAGACGCCGGAGUGGUACGUCAUGUUGCUAGAGCUCUCGAUGAAGCUGGUAUUUCAGCGCGAAUGCGAUCAAAAGUGGUAACAAUAGGAAUUGCGCCGUGGGGUUUAUUAAAACGACAUGAAAAAUUGAUUGGAAAAGAUAUCGUUGUCUCUUACGAUCCACAUUCUUUUUCUUCAAAAAGUAAAUAUGCGACAUUAAACGAUCGACAUUCAUAUUUUCUACUUGUCGAUAACGGCACAAAUGGAAGAUAUGGCGCUGAUAUUAUUUUGCGGAAACGUUUUGAAGAAUUCAUCGCUCGAAAACAAACGAUCGGUUUGGGAACACGACAUGUACCUGUCAUUUGCGUAGUUCUUGAAGGUGGUACUUGUACCAUCCGAGCAAUACUUCAAUAUUUAACAAAUCAACCACCAGUUCCUGUGAUCGUUUGUGAUGGUAGUGGAAGAGCUUCGGAUCUGAUUGCAUUUGCACAUCGACAUAUUCAGGAAAAUGGUGAUUUACCGCGAGAAAUUCAUGCACAGCUUCUCAUCCUUAUUGCUUCGGUAUUUCGUCACAGUACAACGCCAGCAGAACAAAUUCUUGAAGAAAUAUUAUGCUGCGCUAAACAUCGUGAUUUAUUGACAGUUUUUCGUUUGAGUGAAAAUAAAAAGCAAGAUGUUGACCAUGCAAUUCUGAGUGCCAUAUUGAGAGGACAGAAUCUAUCAGCAGCUGAUCAGCUUACAUUGACACUUGUAUGGAAUCGGGUGGACAUAGCACGUUCAGAUAUUUUCGUGACAAAUCAAAAUUUGAAUCCACAUUUAUUAUAUAAUGCAAUGAUGGAAGCAUUGGCAUUGGAUCGCGUCGAUUUCGUUAAACUUUUGCUGGAAAAUGGAGUUUCGAUGAAGAAAUUUUUGACAAUCAGUCGACUGGAACAACUUUACAAUAUGGAACAGAAUUCAAUUCUGCCUCUAAUUAACAACAGCAUGUCGAUAACUGAUGGUCAAAUUACAUUACCAAAAAUUGGAGUUAUCAUCGAACGACUGAUGGGAAAUGCUUACAAAUGUUCCUACACAUCAAGAAAAUUCAAAAAUAAGUAUGAAAAAUGCAAAAAGAAAGCGUUGGAAGCUAAGAGUAAUACAAGAAAACGAUUGCACAAAGAAAGUAAAGAAGGUGACGAAUUUCAAUUUCCGUUCAAUGAUUUAAUGUUAUGGGCAGUGCUGUCACGUCGACAGGAAAUGGCACGUUGCAUGUGGAUGUAUGGUGAGGAGGCAAUGGCUAAAGCAUUAGCUGCGAUAAGGCUUUAUAAAAGUAUGAGUAAAGAGGCAGCAGAUGAAUACAUAGAAGUUGAAGUAUCCAAUGAACUUCGGCAGUUUGCAGAAGAAUUUAAAAGAGAAAGCUUAAGUUUGCUCAAUCAUUGUUAUCUGCAAAAUGAUGCGGGAACUCUUAGAUUGCUAACAGCUGAAUUACCUAAUUGGGGACAUCACACUUGUCUCUCAUUAGCUGUUAUUGCCAAUAAUCGAAGAUUCUUGGCUCAUCCAUGCUGUCAAAUUUUGCUGGCAGAUUUAUGGCACGGUGGUCUCGGCAUCAAAAGCUAUUCAAACUUGAAAGUAAUUUUAGCACUUGCCUUUCCUCCCAGCAUUUUGCUGCUGGAUGUGAAAGCACGAAUUUCUAAUCAUCACGUGGAUUCCUUCACGCGGCAUUCAUUUGUGAUCGAAGGGAUUGAAUUCAAUAAUGAGAAAGAAGAUGACGUUCAUAGUCAAAAUAGUGCUUCAUCAUCUUUUUAUGCAUCAGAACACUUAAAAGUAAGACGAAAAAGUAAAUACAAGACAACCGCGUUUUCCCAACGAAUGUCAAAUUUUUUUGAAACAGCCAAUUUAAUUGGGGAAACUUUACAAGUUAAAUCAGGACUUGGUGAGUCGCGAAAAUCAAUUGGCACAAGUUUGCAAAAAGUUGAAGAGGUGACUCGAAGAACGUCGUGGACGACUAAAUUUAGUGUCUUUUAUUCAGCACCAAUUACAACUUUCUGGAUAUGGCUUGCAAGUUAUUUCGUAUUUCUGAGCGCUUACACGUACGUAAUAUUGGUUGAAUUUCAAGUGAAGCCAACUAAAGUGGAAUGGUUUCUUUUUGCAUAUGUUGUCGCCUUUGUCAUGGAACAUUUUCGAAAAUUGUUGGUACAGGAAGCAAGUACUAUUUGUGAGAAAAUACGUGUUUACUUCAAUCGUUGCUGGAACUAUUUGACUUUCUUAGCCAUUAUGACAUUCUUCAUUGGUUUCGCAUUUCGAUGUAAUCAAUUGACGCGUCAUUCAUACGGGCGAAUCGUGCUGUCAUGCAAUAUUGUGUUCUGGUACAUCAAACUUCUCGAUUUUAUGGGUGUUCAUCCAAGAUUAGGACCGUACAUACAGAUGACAGGGAAGAUGAUUGUAAACAUGAUGUAUAUUCUGGCUUUAUUGUUAGUGACAUUAAUGUCUUUCGGAAUUUUACGACAGGCAAUCACUUAUCCUCAUGAAAAAUGGCAAUGGUUAUUGAUAAGAAAUAUUUUUUAUAAACCGUAUUUCAUGCUGUAUGGUGAGGUAUAUGCAGGAGAAAUUGAUACCUGUGGAGAUGAAGGUAUUAAUUGCGUUCCUGGCGGUUGGAUACCACCAAUUCUGAUGACCAUCUUCCUUUUAGUAGCAAAUAUUCUUUUGAUCAACAUGCUAAUCGCUAUUUUCAACAAUAUCUUCAAUGAAACAAACGCCAUUGCGCAGCAAGUCUGGCUUUUCCAGCGUUAUGAGCAAGUUAUGGAAUAUGAAAAUACACCGUUUUUUCCUCCACCUUUUACACCAAUAUCGCACCUUUUGAUUCUUUUAAAAUAUUUUCGAAAGUUACAUAAAAAGAGUGGACGAAGAAGACAGGAGAGUAAUAAACGAGGAGGAUUUUUCGAUUUUUCAGUGAAGCUAAGUUUAAACGAUGACGAGUUACGUUUGUUGCAUGAUUUUGAAGAGGAUUGCAUGGAUGAUUUCUCGAGAAAAAAGAGUCUAUCACAACCGCUGCAAGUCGAUUACUUGAAAACAGCUGUGGAAAGAACUGAUAGCUUGCAAGUUCAACUAAAUGAUAUAGUAAGUGAAGACUGUAAUAUGAAAUUGUUUCUGCGAGAAAUAGAAUCGAAACUUUGUGUUAUCGCGAACAAUCAGCAAGCCAUAUUCAAGCUAUUACAAAGCUCAACUGAUAAGGAAGGAAAUUCUAGGAAUUUAUUAAACAGCAUAGAAGCAGUUAGAAUAAAUGAUCUAGGCGAAUCUUUAAUGAGAACGAGAGGGUCAGUUGGAAUGUGUGCAAACAAUAACAACAAUGAUGAUGAAGAAAUCAGAAAACUGCAUUAUAUGGAUGAGCUUCCAAAAACGCGUGACAUCUAUCAAAUCACAAAGAGAAGGUCAUUUAUUCUUCGAGACGAAGUUUAUACAUCGAUAACAGAUACAAUUAAGAUGCCUAAGGUACAGUACUCUCCAGAUGGUUCAGUUCCGCCAACUGCUUCAUCCAGCAUACAUGCAACACUACUUGAUAAUACGACACUCAGAAAUUCCAAAAAAGUUUCUAGCUGCACAGUCGGAAAAGGGAUAAGUGAAAGAAGCAUAAAGCAAUCGGAGUGGUCUAUUGCGAAUCUUGAGGAUAUGUGUCGAACACGCAGUCGAGAAUUGUCAGAAUCGACAAGCAGCGACACGGAUGAUAUUGCCGCACAAACACCGCCAUGUCUCGAGCUUGUUGACUGA